AAUUAACCAGUGAAAAGCAGCAUCAGGAAGUACUUUCAGGAAGUAGUUAGCCUCAGUGUUUGAGUGACAGCUGUGCGGCGGUGACAGCCCACACGGGACGGCAGCCCGCAGAGCCGAGCCGACGCUCAAGAUGGCAGGUCUAUCUUUAUACUUUGAAGAUGGCCAUGAUGAUCUGGAUGAUUUUGGAUUUGAUGACUAUGGUACAGAGUGCGACGGUAUCCGCAUCACCGCCUUCCUGGAUGCAGGACAAGAUAACCUUACUCCUCUUGGGAGGCUAGAGAAAUAUGCUUUCAGCGAGAAUGUCUUCAACAGGCAAAUCGUGGCUCGUGGCCUGCUUGAUGUGCUUCGAGAGUUCAGUGACAAUGAAAAUGACUUUAUCAGUGUCAUGGAGACCGUUGCGAGAAUGUCGGAAGAUGGAGAGCCCACAGUCCGAGCUGAGCUGAUGGAGCAGAUUCCCAACAUCGCCAUGUUUUUGCAUGAGAGUCGGCCCAACUUCCCUGCUGCUUUCUCGAGAUACUUGGUACCAAUUGUUGUCCGGUAUCUCACUGAUCCGAAUAACCAGGUGCGGAAGACGAGUCAGGCAGCACUGCUCGUCCUGCUGGAGCAGGGCCUCAUCUCUAAAGCUGACAUGGAGACCAAAGUUUGUCCAGUUCUACUCGACCUCACAGAACCGAGCAGUGACGAUGACUACAAAAUCGAGGCAGUGGCUAUCAUGUGUAAAGUUGUCACCAUGUUGAGCAAAGACACAGUGGAGCAUCUGUUGCUGCCACGUUUCUGUGAACUGUGCAGUGAUGCCAGACUCUUCCAAGUGCGCAAGGUGUGUGCAGCCAAUUUUGGAGAAUUUUGUUCAAUUGUAGGCCAGGAGGCCACAGAAAAACUGCUGAUGCCCAAGUUCUUCGACCUGUGCUCAGACAGCCUUUGGGGCAUCAGGAAAGCCUGUGCCGAGUGCUUCAUGAUGGUCUCAAAUUCCACCUCUCCAGAGGUGCGGCGCUCCAAAUUGUCCCCCCUGUUCAUCAGCCUCAUCAGUGACCAGUCCCGCUGGGUACGACAGGCGGCUUUCCAGUCUCUGGGGCGCUUCAUCUCCACCUUUGCUAACCCAUCCAGCACAGGCCUUCACUUCAGAGAGGAUGGUGCCCUACUAGAGGUCCCCAGAUGUACAUCUGACAGCGACUGUUCCCAAAACUCCCUGAACUGCUCUGACAUUAGCAGCUGCCACACAGAAAGAACCAUCACCCACACGCCUCCAAACCAGGACGGGCGCGCCACGCCGUCACCAGAACAUGUGUCAACAGCUGACAGCGAGGAAUUGCACAACUUUGAUAACAGCCACACCUUAGUCCCUGAAGAGGUGCAUGGCGGUUUCACCCACACAAACAGCAGUGACAGCCCGACGGCUACAAACAACGCUAAGAACACGAAAGAAGCGGAACAAACAGACGAGAACUUUAAUUCUUUUCACUAUUGGAGGUCUCCUUUACCUGACAUCAGCGGGGAACUGGAGAUGCUAAGUUGUCAAAAAAUGGAAGAGGUGAAGGAGGAAAAGGGAGAAGAAGAGGAACCUACUGAGAAUUGUAAUGAUUCCAAGUCUAACCAUGGCAAACAAGCUACCAGCGACCAGAUCCAGAUGGUUUUGGACCGUUUGCAGCCACACAUGGAUGACCCCGAUGUGCAAGCUCAAGUUCAAGUGUUGUCGGCAGCUCUAAAGGCAGCCCAGCUCGACAGUCCGACAGACGACAGCCCGACUGAACCCCAGCCAGAGCUUCAGCCAGAGCUUCAGACUGAAAACGGCGCAGAGAGUGAAAGUUUGGAGGUUCAGUCAGAGAUAGAGGUGCAAUCCACAGAAGAAGAGCAAAUGUCAAAAACUCCCGCAUCCUCAGAGUCGUGCCCCAUCCAGGAGCAAGGAGACGAGGAAACGCAGACGGAGCCACUGGAGAACCAGGAGCAGUCUCCUCCCAACUCCCCCGUUCUGGAGUCUGAACUAAUUGAGAGUAUGGAAGAGGAGGGAAAGGACGACUCCCCUCACAGUCCAUUAUCUGAGGAUAAACCUAAGGUCCAGAAUGUGAUCCCGCAGCAGCUGCUGGAUCAGUACCUCUCUAUGACGGACCCGGCCCGUGCCCAGACGGUGGACACGGAGAUCGCCAAGCACUGUGCCUUCAGCCUGCCGGGGGUGGCGCUUACUCUGGGUCGCCAGAACUGGCACUGCCUCAAAGAUACAUAUGAAACGCUCGCUACUGAUGUGCAGUGGAAGGUGCGGCGUACACUGGCUUUUUCCAUACACGAGUUGGCGGUUAUCCUGGGGGACCAGCUGACAGCAGCUGAUCUGGUACCCAUCUUCAACGGUUUCCUCAAAGACUUGGAUGAGGUCCGCAUUGGCGUGCUCAAACACCUUUAUGACUUCCUGAAGCUGCUUCACGCAGACAAGAGGAGAGAAUAUCUGUACCAGCUGCAGGAGUUCAUGGUGACGGACAACAGUCGCAACUGGAGAUUUAGAUACGAGCUGGCAGAACAGCUGAUCCUGAUCAUAGAGCUGUACAGCCACUAUGACGUGUAUGAUUACCUCAGAGAGAUAGCGCUCACACUCUGCUCUGAUAAAGUCUCCGAGGUCAGGUGGAUCUCUUACAAACUGGUGGUGGAGAUCCUCCAGAAGCUGUAUGCAUGCGGGGCUGAUGACCUUGGCCUGAACUUCAUCAACGAACUCACUGUUAGAUUCUGCCACUGUCCCAAGUGGGUGGGGAGGCAGGCCUUUGCCUUUAUUUGCCAGGCCGUAGUGGAGGAGGAUUGCAUGCCCAUGGAGCAGUUCAGUCAGCAUCUACUGCCCAGCCUGCUCAGCCUCUCAUCAGACCCCGUGGCAAACGUCCGCGUCCUGGUGGCCAAGGCUCUACGACAGAGCGUGAUGGAGAAAGCCUACUUCAAGGAGCCAGGCUGUGCUUGCGCUGACGAGCUGGAAGAGACAGUGAUGGCUCUGCAGUCUGACAAGGACCGGGACGUCCGCUUCUUUGCCAGUCUGGACCCAAACAAAGGCUUGAUAGACACGACCCCCCUGAUCUAGCCUCAGUUCUCCCCCUCCUAGCCCUGUUACAGCCCACCUGCCUGUCUUACCUACCUGUUUGUUUGACUGACACACUGUCAGUUGUAAACUGCAACACCAGCACCUGACCAGAUUCCCCAGCCGCUCGCCUGCUGGGCAGAUUCGCACGAACGACCACUUGAGAAACGAUGGCAGAUGUUCAGGUUGCUACGUUAAAAGUAUGAGCAUGCUCAAACACCACAGCUCUGUCUCUGGUUGGGCACUACAAAGCGCACAUUACCUUCACAGCAACAACAACGAGGAGAAGAAUUAAGGAAAAAAAAGAGCAAACUUGUGAAUUUUCAUAAGAUGAGCAGGACUCGGACGUCAGCUGGACUGCUUUGCGUCAAGCUGCCGUAUUUUACACCUGAACUUGCCCUCUGCCUCCACACUAACAUCGACUCAGUCCCCAAACACAGACUUGUAAAACUACGACAGGCUCUCUGUCUCCAAAGCUAAUUCUAAGCUUGACUAUGAAAUUGAGUUUUUGUUCUUGUGUCUUUUUUUUCCUUGUGAAUUUCUUAACGAACAAGUGGGCGAGGCCUGCCUGACUCUGAUGUGUGCACUAACUCAGGGGGACUCAUCUGAAUCUCAACAGCAUUAUUAGCUUACACAUUAAGCAGAAGCUCCUGGAUCCCUCAUGGAAAGAAAACAAAAAACAAAACAAAAAAAAUCUCCAGCAGUCUGAGCAGCAGACCAGCCAAACCAAGUAGCUCUGCUGGUGUCUCGCGCCUCAGUUCAUCUUAAAUGCCUGUUGUCUCAGACAUCCUUUUGUCUUCUAAGAUGUCCUCUGGGUUAUUGUCUGUUCACUUCUAGCUUCUCAUGUUUCUCCCCCUCUCUCUUUCACCUGGUCUUCAUGGGCCACUAAAACCACUACUGCUGCACAGAAGUAAAUGCGAUUCUGCCACUCAGCGUAACUCAAUUAAAUUCAUAUCUUUUAUAAAACAACAAUGACCUAAUGAACUUUUGAUUGCUUCCCUGCUCCGUGUCUGUUAACCAAAAAUGUGACACAAACUGUCUCCCAAAGAGCAGGAGGCUGAUGAAAUACCUCUGCUUGGACAUGACUGGCCAGUGUGAGGAGCAUCUGUGGUUCAAACAGGCUCUGAAUGUCCUCAGUUGGUGAUUUAUUUUUUUUUCCCUGUGGUGUUAACUCAGACAUUAAUAACAAGGGCUCAUGAAAUGACACAGGGUGAUGCAAAACUCAGAGAGAAGAGGAAGAAAGCAAGCACACUGAUGGAUGGUUUUUUUUUUUUUUUUUUUUUUUUAAUUUAUUCAUAUUUUGUUUAAAUUUUUUUUUUUUUUUUUUUUUUGUUGCAUGUUUUCCCCCCCCUCAAACUUUGUGUGUUUGUGUGCACGUGUGUGUGACUGUGUGCGCGUGUGUAAAGGUCCAUUUCACUUAAGGUCGACCUCCUGAUAUUGAGUUGUGACCAUGGUGGUGUUCAGUGGAUCUGACCAACCGGUUGUAAAUUAGGAAAUAGGAACGGCAGUGUUAGCAGGCUAAAAAGAUGCCUGAUCAUUGUUUCCCUGUCUCGGCGGAAUUAUUUCAAGUAUGAGAUUUUUCAGAAU